UCAUCGGAUUUAACGGACCCUUGCAAACUUUUCGCUUUAUGUUGGGCGAGAGGAGUGUUCUUAAAGUAAUAGCAAGCACUAUCCAAACCCAUGGCAUCGCCAAGUUCUGUAAGAAGUUGCUUCGACAGGAAGCCAUUCGGCAAUGUAGGCCAAAAACUAUAGAUGAGCGAGAAGACGAAGCUGUGCGGGAGAAAAUUAUUAACUUCUACAAGAAGAGAUUCGUUAACAAGAGCACCCUUGAACAUAUUGAAAGUGUACCCGACUUCGUUUAUCACUUGUCGUCGAUGCAGCGAUACCUUCCAAGAACAACCGGAGGCGCAAAGAUCGGGUAAACGUAAGUGGGCGUCCAGUUUUCACGAAAAUACCAUCGAAGUAGUUCAGUCUAUUCCCCUCGAGUCGACCGAAACCUACGAAGCAGAAUACCUAGACUGCAGUGAACAACAUUUUGAUCCACAUGAUUCAUAUAUAGAAGAGCAGUUUAGUGAAGAGCAAGAAGUAAAACACAAUGUCUAUGACUAUGAACCGCCGACGCUGUCGGAUAGCGCACUACAGCAUUUAGACAUUCAGCCGAUGAACUACCAGGAUUAUAAGGAGCAGCCUACCAACUUAUCAUCAGAUCCAUUAAACUAGACGGACGCUGUAGUCAGGCCAAUUACAGUGUCCGAAAUACAUCGGCCAGUGUUUCCCUUGCUCUCCAAUUGACCUGUGAAAACCGUAACGCAAAUCGUAAUUCAAAAGGCCGAAGGUACACCCAAAAAGAAAAGGAUUUCUUUACGUUUAGGUUCAUACAAGGCGGCAAAGCUGCGUAUGAGUUCGAUCACGCUAAUGCUGUUGCACCUUCCGUCAGAACAUGCCAACGGCAUUUGAUGCACCUUGGCCGAGGAAUAGAGCCAAAUCACCUGCGAAUGGGCGACUUUCUGGAAUUUCUGAAUAAUAAUCAGCUACCGAAAGUGUUUGUUUUAAGUGAAGACGCAACAAGAAUCAGCGGUGGGAUUGGCUAUGAUACCAAACGAGAUCAGGUUUAUGGUUUAGUUCCGCCUUUCGACUCUGACGGUAUGCCAAUGAAAUCGUUCUUCCCUGCUUCGUCACCAAAAAAGGUUAUAGAGUACAUCAAUAAUUACUCUAUUGGACGGAAUCUUUACGUAACAAUGGCCCAGCCAUUGAAAUCUGACGCAGUAUCAUUCUGUCUAAUGUAUUCGUGUAGCGAUAACAAGUUUUCAAGUGACGAUGUGCUUCGUAGGUGGAGCUACACCGAGCAACGGUGUAUGGAUGCUGGUCUAGAUCUGGUUUGCCGAGCAUCGGAUGGCGAUCCACGAUUGAUUUCAGCAAUGCUGCGAAAAAUGUGUAUUCCGUGUGCAUAUCAAAACCCAUUUGGAGCGUGGUAUGUUGCGAAAUAUGAAACGAGUAACAUUUGCAUCCAGGACCCAACGCAUCUCUUAAAUAAGUUCCGAAUGAGAUUGAUGAAGACGGACAAACGACUGAUAUUUGGAAAGUUUCAAAUCUCCGGAGUUCAUUUGUUCGAGCUGCUGUCUCUUUCCAGAGAUCAACAUGGAUUGUUUCCUUCAGAUUUGAGUAGCACUGAUAAAAUGAAAUUCAAGCCUGUUGAAAAGAUAAUAGAGCCGAGAGUUGCCAAUGCUCUUCGAAAUAACAUUCCAGAUGCUGAAGGCACAGCCAUUUAUUUGGAUCUCAUGAGAAAACUCAGGGAUUCUUUAAUGGAGUACGAGGGUUGUCCCGAGAAAAGGCUGUUCAGUGUUUGGUAGGCAUUUUGCGUGCAAAACAUAGAUUGGAACGGUGUCAGCCAAUUAGGCCUUCUUCCUCCUCAAGUAUUCUUUCUUUCUUCAUUUUUCCUUCGCAUUUUUCUCCCUUCUACCUUAUACCUAAUUUCUUAUUCUUCAUUCCUCCUUCCUUCUCCUUUCUUCUUUCUUCCUUCUUUCUUCUUCUUUAUUCCUCCUUCCCUCAGCCUUCUUUCUUCCACCUCUUUCCUUUUUCCUUCUGCCUUCUAUUCUUCCUUCUUUAUUCCUUCCUCCUUAUUUUUUCCUUCUUCUUUUUUCCUUCCUCCUUCCUUAUUCUUUCUUCUUUCAUGCUCCUUCCCUUUUCCUUCUUAUUUCUUCCUGUUUCCUCCUUCUUUUUGCUUUCUUCCUUCUUCUUUUUUCUUCUUCCUCUUUACUUCUUCCUUCCCACAUCCUUCUUCCUUCUUCCUUCUUCAUUCUUCCUUUUUCCUUCUACUUUCUUUCUUUUCCCUCAGCCUUCUUUCUUCCACCUCCUUCCUUUUUCCUUUUGCCUUCUUCUUUCUUCUUUAUUCCUUCCUCCUUCCUUUUUCCUUCUUCUUUAUUCCUUCCUCCUUCCUUAUUCCUUCUUCUUUCUUACUUCUUCUUUCUUGCUCCUUCUUUUUUUCUUCUUCCUCCAUACUUCUUCCUUCUUUCUCCUUCCCACAUCCUUCUUCCUUCUUCAUUCUUCCUUUUUCCUUCUACCUUCUUUCUUAUUCCUUAUUUUUCCUUCUUUAUUCUCCUUUCUUCCUUCUUCAUUUUACCUUUUUUCCUUCUUCAUUUUUCCUUCUUUUUACUUCUUCCUUCUCCCUU